CUUAAGUUGUCCUUUUGAUUUAGGGCCCGCAAGGGCCGCUUGCCUUCGCUCUCUGCCAGAAAUCAGAGCCCAUCUUUUCUUCCCUAUCCCUCAUCUGCUGGGCGAUCGCGACCUGGCCCAUGUCCGCUGAGGUUUCGCUGGUCAUUGGCCCUCUGGAGGUCGGAACGUUGGGGAGUGCCGUCCUGCUAGGAUGCUCGCUCCUCCAAGGUUACUUUUAUCACUGUAAUUUUGGGAGUGACCCACUGAGGAGGAAGGCUUUUGUGGCAUGGACGAUAUUCGUCAAUGCCUUUCACUUCUUCUGCUGCGCAGCGAUGCUAUGGAGCCUGACGAUUUCGUUCUUCGGAGACGUCAAACGGGUAGAAGCGCUCCCUCAGCCCCAGUUCAGCGCGAUGGCCACCUCAACAGCCGUGAUGAACAUCCUCAUGUCGGGGUUUUACGGAUACCGCUUGUGGAGGCUAUCAAACAGUAUCAUCUUGCCCGGUUUUGUCGCCAUAUCCACGACCAUAUCCACCGUCGUAACGCUCUACUGCGCCAUUGCAGCAUUGUUGUACGACGGCUCCACGGCCGAGUGGUUCGCGUUGCACUCGUGGGUCAUAAUCUUUUCCGUGUCGUGCGAGAUCGCAGGCUCGCUCGUUAUCACUGGCGGGACGACCUGGUUCUUGCGCAAGUCAAAGUCUUGGGCACUUCGCAAGACGGUAAGACAGAUUGAUCGGCUCAUCGUUUGGACAGUUGAAAUUGGCCUGCCGCCAACUCUGUGUCGUAUUGCGAUGCUCAUACUCCUCGUGCAAUACAACCAUACAGACCUAUUCCUCGGCCCGUAUUCGCUUAUCGCUGGAGUGCAAGCCAACUGCCUUCUCGCUGCGAUCAACACCACUAUCGUGUGGAGAAAGAAGGAGUCCCACGUUCACAUCUUCCCGACGAACAUCGGUACUGAACUUGCCGGAGUCGAGAUCCACGUCGCGGAGUCGGUCCGAUAUGAUGAUCAGCGGAAUCAGUUUGGUAGCCAGAAAACCUCGCACACGUCUUUUGCUUAAGGACUAGAUGCUAUAGCUAGGUAGCGAGACACCUUUCUUAUUGUAAGUCUAUACUAUUAUUUGUCUGUAACUUAUUCUUCUUGUAUGCAUACAUGUAUGUACGCACCGC